UCACAGCUCCAUACUACCAGUUUCCUUCCCUAAAGGACAGUUCAACUCCGGACUAAUGGGCAAAUACUGCCUUCAAGUUGCGGCAUCCAGAUCUGGGAGAUCUGAAUUUAUUUUCUCUUCCAGCACCAUCAUGUUAUCACAACCAAUGACCAAUGGAACCGUUAUAAUUGUCACACCAAGUGGCAUCAAGUUGCCCCAGACAGAGACACCCAAGCCCACCAACCAGGGGCAGGGUAUCCUGAAGAAAUAUCUAAAGGCAGAAGUUAAAGUUUUGGGGACCAUCCAGAUCCUGUGUGGGGUGAUGGUGUUGAGUUUGGGAAUCAUUUUGAAAUCUACUCCGCUCUCUUCACCAUUUGCCCAAGUGUUUUCCACCCUGUUGCUGGCUGCUUACGCAAUCCUAGGAGCCUUGUGUUUUGUCAUUUCUGGAUCUCUGUCAAUCAUCACGGGGAAAAAGUCAACUAAGUUUUUGGUUCAGAGCAGCCUGGCUGCAAACAUUCUGAGCUGUCUAUUUGCUCUAGUGGGUUUCGUUCUUCUCUCUGUCAACCUGGCCGCUUUGAGUCCUGCCUUACAAACGUGUUACUCAAACUACGAGAAUGUAUCAUCUGAACACCAUUUUCCCUACUACUAUGAUCCUCACCUAGAUCGUGACAGGUCCUGCACCAUUAUCAACGGCCUUCUGGCUGGAACGCUGUCCGUGAUGCUGAGUUGUACAAUGCUGGAGCUCUGCCUUGCUGUGCUUGUGGCCGUGAUUUGGUGGAAACAGGCUCACUCUGACUUCCCUGGCGGUGUGCUUUUCCAGCCUCUGAGUCAUAAGGAUAAAAUUGGUAUGGCCACAAAGGCAACUUUAGACCCUGGAUAUGAAGAACUAUUGACUUCUUAGGGGGAAAAUAUUCAUCAGAAAUUUGGUCUUUAUGAUAACAUAUGAAAAUCGACCAAAGAAACCCAAGCCAAAAAAGCAAAUUUUAAGUUCCCUGAAAUGUAGACUUUUAUGUAAUAAACAUUAAAAAAAAAAACCACAAUA